GUAACUGUGGGGCAGAACCGGAGCCCAAACAGUCAAAAGCGAUAUAUUUUUUUCUUAUUAUAACAUUUUUGGCGUUCAGUUCUUUUAAACAAAUUCUGCAUUUUGUAGAGACAUUCGUUCAGUGAUUCUCUUCCAUCAAAUAGCAAAAGCAAUUUUUGUGGUGAAAAAUACAUAUUCUUAUUAUCGACUGACAAACAAAGUUAUUACCAAUUCUUUACGUUCAAAAUGGGAGACAUUGAACAAGAGAUCAAUUUGGAUGAAAUCACCGACGAAUCUGUUUUGCAAAAUCUGUUAGACCAAACAGAGGAUAUCGACGACCGAAAGGCCAUCAGAGCUCGCAUUCAGGAGUUGCGAUCAGUAGAGAAAGCGCGAAGGGAAGAGAAAUUGAAUAAAUUGACGAAUUCUAGAGAAGAUAGACUUCAAGCGAAACAGAAAGAAGCGAAUGAACAGAAACUGAGAACAAUGGCUAUGUAUGACUCGAUGGCAAAGUCCGCUCCGGCCGGCGGAGACAAACGCAUGGAUAUCGGCAUCUAUAAGAGCUUUGAUGCGACGCCUCCGGGAACGCCCACCGGAUCGAUAUCAGGCAUCAAAGCCAGUGAUUUAGUUGAAGACGCGUUGCGUUCGCGACAGAAAGCGGCCGAAGACAGGAAGAAGCGAGUGUUGGCCGCAUACGACGCCGCCGCCAGAGGCGCGCCCUCAGGAGUGGCCAAUCGUGAGGUCAACUUCGAGGCAUUUAAGAAAGUUGACGUCUCUGAUUAUACUCCCGUCAAAGCGGAGAACUGCUCCACAUUUGGUAGCUCUGGUGGUGUGGCCAAAGUGACAAAGGCCCCCUCUUCACAGCCGGGAACUCCACUCAGUCCAGGAUUCCCGGGCGGAGUGGCCUUUCCUAAAGCGGCCGAACCCGACGCCAUGGAGCGCAUGAUCCGCGGCCGACAACAAGAGGCCGAAGACCGCAAGAGACGUACUCUCGCGGCCUAUGAUAUCGUCGCCAAACAGGGAGCAGGUAUGACAGACAAUGAGAUGACAUAAACAGAGGAGUAGAAGAAAGAAAGUUA